UCCCUUCUCUCUCUCCACGUUUCUCUCUCCGCAAGUUUCCUUCAGAGAUGAAGAUUUUCGUGAAGACCCUCAAAGGGACGAGCUUCGAGAUCGAAGUAAAACCAGACGAUAAGGUCACUGAUGUUAAGAAGACUAUAGAAACGGUCCAGGGCGCAAAUGUUUACCCUGCCGCUCAACAGAUGCUGAUUCACCAGGGAAAGGUUCUCAGUGAUGAAACCACAUUGGAAGAGAACAAAAUUUCUGAGAACGGUUUUAUUGUCAUCAUGUUGUCCAAGAGCAAGGUUUCUUCAAGUGGGACUUCAACUGCGUCUGCACCACCUGCUAGUGCUAGCCAGCCUUCACAGGCACCAGCUGCGCCUCGGGUUUCCGCUCCAACUGUGGCAGUUCCAGAGCCUACAAGUGGACCUGCAACUGCAACUGCAACUGCAACUGCAACUGCUGCUGCUCCUGUUCUAGCUCAAACAGAUGUUUAUGGUCAAGCAGCGUCAAACCUGGUAGCUGGAAGUAAUUUAGAGUCUACCAUUCAGCAGAUUCUUGACAUGGGUGGAGGUAGUUGGGACCGUGAUACGGUUGUCCGAGCUCUACGGGCUGCCUAUAACAAUCCUGAAAGAGCUGUUGAAUAUCUAUACUCGGGAAUUCCUGCUCAGGCUGAAGUCCCACAAGUCGCUCAAGCUCCACCUAGCGGUGGACAGACCACAAAUCCCCAAGCACAGGCUCAACAACCAGCGCCAGCAGCACCAGCAGCACCAGCUGGUGGUCCAAAUGCCAAUCCGUUAAAUCUGUUUCCCCAGGGCUUGCCUACCGCUGGCGCAGAUGCUGGUGCCGGUAAUCUUGAUUUCCUCCGUAACAGCCAACAGUUCCAAGCCUUGCGAGCUAUGGUACAAGCCAACCCGCAAAUUCUACAGCCCAUGCUUCAGGAGCUCGGUAAACAAAACCCGCAGCUUAUGCGGCUGAUUCAAGACCAUCAGGCUGACUUCUUAAACUUGAUAAAUGAACCGGCGGAGGGAGAGGAGAAUCUUCUUGGCCAGUUGGGUUCAGCAAUGCCGCAAGCUGUGACCGUUACACCCGAAGAGCGUGAAGCUAUCGAACGGCUUGAAGCGAUGGGCUUCGACCGAGCAUUAGUGCUGGAGGUGUUCUUCGCGUGCAACAAAAACGAAGAACUGGCGGCCAACUAUCUCUUAGAUCAUAUCCACGAAUUUGAGGAUCAAUGAUUGGAAGAAUAAUCCUCCCUAUAAUAAUAAUAAUAAUAAUUAAAACCCGUUUCCUCUUUUUUCUUUUUUGUAUUCUGUAAUCUCUACUCUUCUGAAUACAUUUGGGGACACCGUUCAUGUUUUUUUUAGCUUCAUGGGAUACUUUAUUAUGCCUUUUUUUUA